GUCAACGUACAAGGAUUUCCUCGCCGCCAUUUUCUGAUCUCCGAGAAGCAUGGCAGGCGAAGACAAGCACGACGUUGCGCAAGGAAGCACCCCGUUGAAGUCGUUCCUGUCUGGAGGGUUCGGUGGCAUGUGCUUGGUUGCUGCGGGACACCCCCUCGACUUAAUUAAAGUGAACAUGCAAACGAUGCCGACGCCCAAGGCCGGAGAAGCGCCAUUGUACACGAGCGCCGUGGAUUGUGCCCGUAAAAUUGUAGCCAAGGACGGCGUCAAGGGUCUUUACCGCGGCAUGUCUGCACCGCUGGUGGGCGUGACGCCCAUCUUUGCCAUUUGCUUCUGGGGGUAUGACAUGGGCGCGCUGAUUGCGCGCAAAGCGGCGGGAAUGUCCGACUCGGACAAACUCUCGAUGAAUCAAAUCAUGUUUGCCGGUGGGUUUUCGGCCAUUCCCACCACGUUGGUCAUGGCUCCUGGUGAGCGGAUCAAGUGUCUCCUCCAGAUCCAAUCGCAGGCCGUCGCCCGCGGUGAACCCGUGCAGUUUAAUGGCAUGAGCGACUGUGCCAAGCACUUGUACAAGACUGGUGGGCUUCGCAGCGUCUUCACUGGCUGGGAAGCAACCCUGCUUCGUGAUGUUCCUGGUUCUGUGGGGUACUUUGCGGGCUACGAGGGUGUCAAGCGAUUCUUAACUCCCGCGGGGCAAUCACCGGAAGAACUGAACGCGUUCCGCACGUUUGUGGCUGGCGGGAUGGCUGGCGUUAUCAACUGGGUCGUCGCAAUCCCUCCUGAUGUGAUUAAGUCGCGCAUCCAAGCCGCUCCGGAGGGCACGUAUGCUGCCGGCCUCUCGGGUAUUGCCGAGGCGUACAAGAAGCUCGUGGCCGCGGAGGGCUAUGGCGCUCUUUUUAAGGGCGUGGGGCCGGCCAUGGCUCGCGCUUUCCCUGCGAACGCUGCAUGCUUCCUUGGCGUCGAAGUGUCCAAGAAGGUGCUUACGCUGCUUGGGUUGAAUUUUUAAACCAAAUUCAAAAUUUCGCUGUUGGAGA